UAGGUGGCGGUGGUGUCCAGGGACGAGGUGGGAGCCUACAAGCCUUACCUGUGGGAACAGAGCUGCUUCGAGAAAGGCCCUAUGUUCCGUGAGUGGCUCCUUACCAAGAUCGUCAACGGGGAGAGAGCUUCAUAUUCAGCACCCAAGUUCGCUCGCAUGCAGGACCGCACCCGCUCUCAGAUGCUAGAGGAUCUGGUCAACAACCUCCAGAACCAUGCUGAGACUGGACAGAUUCCUAAACCUUACAGACGUGGCUCCUGGCGACCUAUCGGUCACAUGCGUCCUUCGUCGCCACUGCUGGACUCAGUUCGCGACCUAUUCGAGGGCCACGACCAGCUAGCCAAAGACUUCACCCGUGCCUUCCACAACAGCGAAAACCAGUUCAACAAUAUUCUCUACGACGUCACUUUCCUCGUCGGUGCCGGCAAGGAGAAGUGCAAACUCUACGGGGUUAGAGCCAUCCUUGGUGUCCGCAGCAGGGUGUUCCAGGAGAUGCUGUACGGGUUCAGUACUGGCUUCGGCUCACCACAGGUCUCAGUAGCUGACAUACUGGCGCGCGCCGUCCCCACUCUCCACUCUCCCUCGCACAAGCCUAAGAGUUCCAACUUCCUCCAGUGCCAGACAUCGAGACUCCGCGGCCCAAGAGUGUGCCCAACUCACCCAUCGUGA